CUCCGGUUGAAAUUAGCAAAUUCCGGUGAUGCGCGCGCCGCGCCGCGCCGCUUCGUGCUCGUCUCCUUUAACGCCGCGAGAGGCUGCCGCGUCACUGCCCGUGUAUCAUCCGACACUCAUCACAUUUCAUGUGGAUCACGAACUGAGCGAGCGCUCCUCCGCUGCCCAAGCAUGCUCUUCGAGACGGCGCAUUUCAUAGGCCUAUUACCGGAGCACUGAGUUCCAGCCGCCACUUUCCGCGCUGAUCGCCAUUUCAUUCGUCAGGACAUCGGAUCGCUUCCAAGAUGUCGCUGGCCGCAGUGGUGCUGUCGGUCCUCUCGCUGGUCCUGUGCUCUUGGCCGGUGAGUGCCAAUGAGGACUGCCUGUGGUACGUGGAUAAGAACGGCACGUGGCACAACGGCUUCGACUGCCCCAUGAUCACGUCGUGCUGCGGGCACUGCCACCGCCGCUACUGCUGCAUGGACCCCUUCAAGCUCAUCACCGAGCGCGAGCAGAAGAGGUGCAUGCUCUUCCAGUUCAGUCCCACCACUAUAGCGGGCAUUGCUUCGUCCAUCCUGCUGUUUGUGGCCAUCAUGGCCACCAUGGUCUGCUGUUUCAUGUGCUCCUGCUGCUACCUGUACCAGCGCCGCCAGCAGAGACACACACCUUACGAUGCUCAGCACAUCCCGAUGGCCAGCUACCCGGUGGAGCCCAUGUACGACGCCUUUGGGAAGCCCCUGGGUCACCAUGACUACCCCAACCCCCCCAUGGGGUACCCCGUGGCCCCCCAGUACCACCCCGGCAUGCCCCAACAGUACCCCAUGAUGCCGCCUGGGCCCUACCCCCCCUACCCCCCCUACCCCCACACCGACCCCAGCUACAGCCAGGCUCCUCCACCCUAUUCCCCACCUCAGUACCCUGGCCAGUGAUGGAGGGGAACACACACACACACACACACACACACACACACACACACACACACACACACACACACACACAUACAGUACACACAUGCACACACACACGCACACACAGUACACACAUGCACACAUACACACACACACACACACACUAUUAUACACACACAUAUACACACACACACACACAUACAGUACACACAUGCACACCCACACACACAUGAACAUACACACACACACUAUUAUACACACACACACACUCAGCGCUGGAAAGGAAAGCAGAAGUGUGUGUGGGUGUUGCGGCUGUGUGAGUUAAAUCCUCUAAUCGGUUGAUGUCCCGUUGGGAAUGUCUCUGCUCCACCUCCACUUCCUGUCACAUGGACUCUGGACGCAUCCACUUCCUGUCACAUGGACUCUGGACGCCUCCACUUCCUGUCACAUGGACAUCUGCGCUUCAGACGCGACAUAUGACCCCAGGGUGACCCCGUGACCCCUCUGACUCUUUGGACCGCUCUGAGUGUUUGUUUGUUUGUUUGUUUGUUUGUUUGUUUGUUUGUUUAGAAGAAUUUGUUGGUUUCCUCUGAAUCCGAAUCUGUCUCUGCCAGCCAGCACCCUGUCCAGUGGGGUCGUGAGC